CCAGCAGAGGCGUCCGGCAUGUCUCAGACCAGGGGACGGUGCCACAACAAGAAAGCUGGCAUUCGGGCAGCUGUGAUCCUGAUUGGACUCCUGCACAAGUCUCGCAAAGCCAAGGAGAAGGAGCGAGAGAGGGAGGAGAGUGAAGGGAAACAGGAGUUGUUGAGCAUCUCCAACAUCCCACUUGGAGAAUGCCCCCCCUCACCACCCCGCACUGCACCACCCAGCAUGAAGUCAGCAGAAUUCUUCGAAAUGCUGGAAAAGAUGCAGGUCCCAAACGCUGAAGACACCAAAAAGUGGAAGGAUGAUUGCAUCCCCUACCCACGGAUAGAAGAUGUUCUGGAGAAAGGUGGUCCAUAUCCCCAGGUAAUUCUGCCCCAAUUUGGGGGUUACUGGAUUGAAGAUGCAGAGGCACCAGCAGGGACCCCUUCCUCUUCAGAGUCCAGUUUCUGUGAAGAGGAAGAAGGUGACAAGGGCAUGAGUCCUGGCGGGGCACACAGCUACCGCCUGGAGUGUAACAGCACAGCUCGAGCCUACCGCAAACACUUCCUGGGAAAGGAGCAUAUGAACUACUACUGCACAGGCAGCAGCAUUGGUAACCUCAUCAUGUCUCUGAAACAUGAGGAGGCUGAGGGCCAGGAGUUCCUGCGCAUCAUGCUCAGAUCAAGGAUCAAAACAGUUCAUGACAGAAUAUCUUUAGCUGGCCUCAGCCAGCUGCCCAGCGUACCUCAGAUUGCAAAGCUUCUGUGCGAUGACGCCACGGGGCUAAAGUUCAACCCAGUGCUGUACCCUCGGGGUUCUCAGCUGAUAGUUGCUUAUGAUGAACAUGAGGUGAACAACACAUUUAAAUUUGGAGCCAUCUAUCAGAGGUUUGGACAGACAUCAGAGGAAGAGUUAUUUGGGAACAAUGAGGAGUCGCCUGCUUUUAAAGAGUUUCUUAGCAUCUUAGGGGAUACCAUUGAACUUCACGACUUUAAAGGGUUCCGAGGCGGACUGGACGUGUCUCAUGGACAGACGGGGUCUGAAUCAGUCUUCACUGUCUUCAGACACAGAGAGAUUAUGUUUCAUGUUUCAACAAAGCUUCCCUUCACUGAGGGCGACGUUCAGCAGCUCCAAAGAAAAAGACACAUAGGAAAUGACAUUGUGGCGGCAGUCUUCCAGGAAGAUCCCACGCCGUUCGUUCCGGACAUGAUCGCCUCUAAUUUCCUUCAUGCUUACGUCCUGGUGCAGGCCGAGAACCCCUGCACUGAUCACACAACCUACAAGGUGUCUGUCACGGCAAGGGAAGAUGUCCCUCCUUUUGGGCCCCCUCUCCCCAACCCAGCUGUUUUCAAAAAGGGUCCAGAGUUUCGGGAGUUCCUGCUGACAAAGCUGAUCAAUGCUGAAAACGCCUGCUACAAAUCGGACAAAUUUGCCAAACUAGAGGGGCGCACGCGAGCAGCGCUGCUGGACAACCUCCACGACGAGCUGCACAGACAGAGCCAGGCCGUGCUGGGCUUUGGACAGGCAGGGGACGAGGACAAGCUGGAGAACGGGGGACACGGGGGACUGUUGGAAUCCUUCAAGAGAGCCAUGAGGGUCAGGAGCCAUUCUAUGGAGACCAUGGUGGGGUCUCACCGUCACCGGAGCCCAGGGGUUGGAGGAGGGGUCCUGGCCGGCCUCAGUGGUGGAGGACUGCCUCAGAGCACAAGUGAAUGCACCAAAAGCACCUUCACACCUCCUGUUCUCUCAGCCAAGUCUCCUCUGAAGAGUCCGGUGAAACGGCGCUCUGGCCUUUUCCCUCGCCUUCACUCCAGCACAGAAUCCCCAUCAGAAAAACACACACGCAGCAGCGACCAGAAGAUAGCCGAAACGUGCCCACAUUCCCAGGAAGUGAGAUCAGAGACGUCGUCCAAUCCCAGCUCACCUGAGAUCUGCCCCAACAAAGAGAGGCUGUUCAUGAGGACGAAGGAGUGCAGCAGCAGCAGCAGCUGCAGGCCCAACAUCUCUCGAUCUUCAUCCAGCACCAGCAGCUUCAGCAGCACCACAGGAGAAACUGAACCCCUGGAGGAGCUGGAGACACUCAGCCAUCCUUUUCUCGCCUCCUCCUCUGCCUUCAGCCCCUCCUUCAGCGCUGACAGCCAGGGCUCAGGUGCGCCGGUCAUCAUGUGCCGCAGUCCAACAGAUGGGAAGAGUAAAACAUCUCCGAGGUCAAACUUGAAGUUCCGCUUUGACAAAAUGAGCCACUCGUCCACAACAUCUGAGUAGCUUGGAGGAAUGACCGAAAAAGAGGAACCAAACUUCGUCAAUGAAGGAGCUGAAGAGACACGGCAACAACCAUCACACAGUCAUCGUAGAACCCUUCUAACUAAACGCAGAGGAUAACCUGACCACAAGAGGCACCACAAGCCUCACACUUUAAACGUACUGAUAAAAC